GGUUAUUGGUGUUAACGUUUUCGAAUGGAUUUCCCGGAGCGGGUUGAUUGUGUCAUUGACGGUACAGGCUUAAGUGAAUCUCUGAUUUCUGCAAGUUUAUCAAUAUUGGGGAAACAAAUUCUUCAUAUCGAUAGAAAUGUUUAUUAUGGUGGAGUCCUUGCAUCUUUACGAUUCCCUGAAUUCGAAAAACUUCUCAGUCAAAUUGAACCUGACUGCCCCAAAAGUCUUCCAAUCAUUAAAGAUAAUUGUUUAGAUCUCAGUGAGAUUGAGUCUCCUUUGGUCACUCACAGGUCAUCAGAAUGGUUUCUAGGCUGUGACGACAGUUUGGAUUCCUAUGAUGAUAAUGAUGCUGAAAAUUACAGUAAUGUGAGCAGCAAAGUUAUUAAUGAUUCACCAAACACAAUGGCAUUGCCUAGUGAUAUCACUGUUCAACACGAUCAUAUUAGCACUGAGAUUUCUAGUGUGGUUCGCGAGCUUGGAGAAGAACAAGAGAAAUCCAAUGGGGAUGGACAUGAAAAUGUUACAGUAACCGAGCAAAAAUCUGAUGACGCUGAUAAGAUUGUUCAGAGCCAAAAAUUAUGGUCUCGGUCUAAACUACGGAACGCUGUGCGCCUGCAUGAUAUAGACAUAGUACCAAAGAUAAUUUAUUCGCACAGUCCUGUAGUAACUGCACUUCAACGUGCUGAUGUAACAAGAUAUUUAGAAUUUCGUUUUGUAUCACGCCUGUUAGCUUAUAUUGGUAAUAAUCAGUGCACACAACAGUCUGGAACAGUCUCAAACAAUGCUGAUAAUCAAUCUUCCUCAACAAAUUUUACGGGUCAUGUAGUCAAAAUUCCUGUUUGUCGUUCUGACGUGUUUAAAACACGUUUAUUAAGUUUACAUCAAAAAAGAUCGUUAGGUGCAUUUUUCGAAUGGUGUUUUCAUUUAAUCAUUAAUGAUACUCAACGCAGUACAACACAUUCUAAAAAAGAUGAAGAUUAUUGUGCAUACGAAGAUCGACCUUUUCAAGACUUAUUAACUGAAAAACGUAAACUUGAUGAAUUUACCCAACAAUUAUUAAUAACUAAUCUAUCAUUCAGUAAUCAACAGAUUAAAACUAAAGAGGCCAUUUUUAGAAUUCGACGAUUGUUAUUCUCUAUGGGUCGAUUUGGACCAUAUCCAAUUUUGUGGCCAAUGUAUGGUAGUGGAGAUUUAACUCAAGGAUACUGUCGAAUGUCAGCUGUUUUCGGUACGACAUUUUGCCUUGGUUGUAAAGUAGAAAAAAUUGAAUAUAUAAAUUCAGAGGUAGAUGCAGUAACUCAAUCCGUUGAGAAUAUGACCACCAAUAUGAAAGAUGGACAGAUAAUGACAAGAGCUGACUCUUCAUCAUCGUCGUCAAUGCCAAAGAAUAAUACUGAUGAUGAAUUCAUUGUUUAUUUAUCUAAUGGUAAAAAAAUAAAAACAAAAUGUGUUAUUUUAUGUCCAGAAUGUUUACCUUAUUCUUGGAUUAGUGAUUUUAUUAAUCAUUGGUGUGCCCGAGCUGUACUCAUUACAGGCUCUUCUCUUUUACCCGAUGACUGUAAAUCGAGUGAUAUUUCAAUACUUGCAUAUUCAUUUAAUGCAAACAAUCAACAAAAUGAUUUAUGCCUUGAUCCUGUUAUCAUAAUUGAAUGUCAAGUUGAAAAAAAUAAAUUCUGUAAAGAUAACUUAUUUGUCGUACAUCUAUGUGCAAUCAUUAAACAACCGUAUGAUCCAAAGAAAAUUUUCCAACCUCUUUUAAAUUGUUUAUUUACACAAUAUGAUGAUAGUGAGUUUUGUGUUGUUUUUUUAACGUUGUAUUCCUUGUUUGAUAAUUUGUAACAAAAAACCAUUAAGAACUAAAAAGGUUUUUUUUUUCAAAGAGAAUUUUCAUUUCUUAGUUAUCAGUUGAAAUGAAUCUCUUCGAUGACACUGAAGUAAUCAAAUUCAAAUUAUUUAACUUAUGUGUAAAAAAAAGAUUUCCAAUCUAACCAUUUACAGUAAAUUGUCACAGGUAUUUGUAUGAAAGAUAACGACGUAUAAAUAGAUUAAAAUUAAUUGACUUCAGUUGAGAAAACUGAAUAAAAAGCUUGGAUUCGAAUAGAUUUAAUUAAAAUUUAUGAACUAAUACGUUUACAUUGAUCUUGUGACAUAUAAAAUACUCUUGGUUGGUUAAUUCUAACAAUCAUGAAACCCAGAUAAUUUUUUGUUAACCACCAGUUACCAACUACCGUCGAGUUAUUGGACGAUUUAACCCAUCGCUCUUAUUUCCAAAGUACUUAUACCUCUAAACUAGAUGAUCAUUUAACAUUUCAGUUAACCUCCAUGUAGUCAUCAGUUAGUAUAAUCUAGUAGAAAAUGUUCAACCGAAUAAAUAUUCACAUGUGUUUGGUGAAUCAAUAGUUUCACUGCAAUAGCACACCUUGUUAUUUUGCACAACUCAAAGUGAGCAGCGUAACUAAGAAAUCGUUCAUAAAUAUUCUUUUCUGUUUCAUAGAUCUUUGAGAUGUUCUACAUUGUAUAAUCUAUCUUGAUUUUGAUAUUCAUCUUUUUUCUCUGUAUAUGUGUAACUUAAAAAGGUGAGAAUUUAUCUCGUUCUUUUUAUGUUGGUCCUCCUUAUAUAUAUUACUUUGGUUUUCUACAUUCUUCAUACAUUUAUUAUUAUUAAUUAUAAAACAAUCGAGGAUGGUCGCGCAACAUCGUGGAUCGAUUGAUGUUAGACAUCAACACCAAUGGCUGUCGGCCUGAUUGUCUAGAAUUCAAGUGUUCGCGCGAGGUCAUAGGUCCUGGGUUUGGAUCCCGCGUCUGGGAUCGUUGAUGUGCAUCGCUGAGGAUUCCUGUACUAAAACGAGACCGCUGUCCAUUGCUCCCAGGUUUUCAAUGGUGGUCCAACAUUGAUCGGUUCAUGAAUGCGAUGAAAUUCAACAAUCUCUACAACUCCAAACUUGAAAUUAAUUAGUUUUUCUUUGCACAGUUUGUUCAUUUGUUUAUACUUAGAAUAGUUUAUUGAGGUACAAAUUGUAUAAUAGGUAUUAGUCAGCAAUAAAAUUAUCACGAUCCCGUAACGGAAAAAUUUUAUAAGACCCAUUUUAACGAUAAUCGCAUCAGUACAUUAUAAGCUCACUUGAAAGUUUACUCAGUUGAUUAUGCCUAUAUAUAGAAAAUCAGCUGUUCAUAGUUUCAAGUAGUUUUAACGUUACCAAUAGAGAAUAGAUGAGAUCAUAUUAUGCAAAAAGUACAUGGUUCUUUUUUCUUGUGGAUUCUUCCGUCACUAAUAUUCUCCUAGACUAGACUAUUAAUAUUAUAAACUGUCACCUGACAUGAUUGACUUUCCGAAGAGACUAGAAGAAUUACUGCGGUUAUUCUGUUUCACUUUAAUGAGAAGUAGUAUUGAUAGACAGGUUUAUCUCCAUGGGUCAUCCAAAGAGACCCUAUAUUUACUGAUAUUUUUCUAGCAUAACUAGAAAAUACCAAACCUAAAGAUGUGAUAGAACAAACAUCGAUGUAUUCUAGUUAUGCUGAUGAUAAUACAUUAUUUAACAACAGAAACGAUGGCGAUCACUUACUUAAAUGUUUUUUCUAUUCGACUCCACUGAAUCUCGAAUUUACAUACGAGCCCAAAAUGUAGAACAGAAUGAAUUUCUAAUACUUAGGGAUACUAAGAAACAAAUAUGUUACGGUUCACAUCCUAUUAACCAUAAAUCUUCCUAAAUGCUCGUGUUUUCAUUUCAACAGCUUUUGAUCAAUUUUAUAUAGAAGUCUUGUUAAAAUGUUGUUCUUUAUAAAUAACAGACUAUAUUCAAAAGACUCACUCGACGACGAGAUGGAAAUUAUGCAGAUAACCUUAGUCCGUAAACCUUAGUGUCUUCAAGUUCCUCAGAAAUCACGUUUUUCGACGACACCAGUUUGAGAGGUGAUGGUGCUUUUAGUUUUUGCUGAAGAUCAUGUUUUGAUAAAGAGCCCACAGAUGAUUCUACUUUACAACUCAUAUCGCUUAAUUGCUUAUAUAUAUUGUCUAAUUCACUCUCAAUAUUAUCGAUGCUUAAUUGAUCUUGAUGUACGGCUCGUUAUUAAACUAGAAACUGAGUCAUCCAGUGCCAGUUCGUUCUGUUUUGCUUUACGGCUGCGAAAUGUGGCCAUUAUGAGUAGAAGAUAUUCAUUAGCUACUAAUAUUUGACCACAGAUGUCUUAGAAAUAUUGCUCGCAUCUACUGGGAUCACCAGGCAAGUAAUAGUGAGGUUAAACGUAGGGUAUAAGGGAAUGAUGGUAAAUCAGUUGACGAGGUUGUGAAUCUUCAUUGACUGAGAUAGUUGGGCCACAUAUUACGUAUGCCUGAACAUCGAUUACCACGCCUUACAAUGCUGACUAGUGUAAGGGAUGGUUGGGAAGAAGUUAGGGGCGUCCAAACCAAAACGUGGAAUUUGUGCUUGAAGUCCCGAACUUGUGGUCUGAGCCAUGUUGGUAGAUGCAGACUACUUGGUUGGGGUCCGCGUGACUAUCGUAACCAAUGAUUGGAUACUGUGGGUGACAGCUCAGAAUCGAUCACAAUGGCGUCGAUGUAUAUACUUUGUUUUUCCUCAAACCGUGAGAUUAAAAUCGCUUCAUAUCUUUCUUUCUACGAACUAAUUUUUUCUUCCUGUACUAUCUUACUUUUAUAUAGUACCACCACUGAAUUAACCACUUCUAUGAAUUCAGUGUUCAUUUUGUUGUACUAAUGAGGUAUGGCAACUUAGAUCGAUUCACAUAUGUGCCUGGUCCUACGUUGUAGCUGACUGACUGACAUCCAGCAGCAAGUGUUGUGUAAGUUUACUCCUAACAUUAUCUGUUUCAGAAAACGUUACUAGGCUUGUGCUAAAGGUAAUAACAUAGUUGUCAUUAUCUGAAGGUGUAGGACUUUUUCAGGCUCGUUUUCUUGUAGUAGACCCAUUUUAAUAUAAGUGUUAAUCCUAAUGCAUUAUAUGCGUUACAUGAUAGGAUUCAAUAACAUCUAAGUACUUUCUAUUAGAUAGCGUAUUAUUGUAAUGCAAAGUUCAAACUGACUGCAUAACGUUACAGCUCUGUGUAAUUAUAUAGAUAGAUGAAUUUCGCGCUCAAAUCCCACAGUUCUUAUCUUAAAGCUGAUCGUCUCGUCAAUUUGUUCCAAUUUAAUGACUUAUUAGUGAACCAUAAAGAAUGUUUUAAUGCUAAAUUAUGUCAUCGAGGUGAACUAAUCGUGUGGAUCACGGAAUAUGAGUAUUCUUUUUUUAUCUGUUCUACAACUAGACAAUCUGGCACAAAUCAAUUGGUUUUCCUUAAUAUUUUGAACAUCAAACAAAUCAGUGGAAUGGGAAUGUAUUAGGAUUACGUCUCAUUCACAAUUCAUUCAUAUUCAUGCUAUUAAUUUGUUUUUAAAUUUUAAUAUUGAAUAAAUCAUUAUUAAUAAUACUGGUAAUAACAGUAAUGCUAAUAGUAAUAAUAAUUAUCAUUAUGAGUUCGAUAUGUAAUGGAUUCAGAAUUCACUCUGUGUAUAAGGUACUAUUUAAACUGUUGGUUCUGGUUUUUCAGCUCUUAUAUUCAUGAAUAUAUAUUAACUGAUACAAUACCAUUUUUUAUUGAGAGUUAAGUCUAUAUGAACUUUAAACAGUCGUAUAAUUUUUACUAAUAUUAAAUGUUAAUGUUUAUCAUAAUGAAUAGCUUUCAGAUCAUUGAACAUAUAUGUAUUUAUUUCGCUAUUAUCAUUUUGUUGAGCAAAUGAUUGACAACGAGAAUAAUAGUAGUAUACUUAUUUCUCGUUUCACUUAUUUUAAUAGUUAUAGUAGGUUAAUUGAGGCUGUAUCAGUUUAAGUUCAGUAAGAUAUUUAUUGAAAACUAUGAAGUACUGGACAAAUGUUUUGUUCUAUUAUGGAGUGCUUCAACAGUGUGCAUUCACAAUCAUCCUGGAUCGGAUCCAGGACCUUCGAUCUCCUGCCAAGAGCUUAACUUCUGAACCACUAAGCUGACAUUCAAGUGUUUAGAUGUUUGAAUUCAAUCAGUUCACGAUAUUACUGAACUAUUUCUCGCUGGCUUUAAUGAGUAACUAACUGCUACACACUCGACACGGUUGAGUUUCACUAGUCAUGGCUUCUCAUUAGAACUCCGGAAAUUACCGCUCAAAAUCAAUCAUUAGUGAGCACGUGAUCAAUAAUUACCAUAUCAGGUUUGUAGGGAUAGUUAAAGUUUGACACCACGAACCGACCCUAUAAAAAAACAUUAUUUGUAGUUUAAUAUCACGACGAUUUUGUAUAUAAUAACUUAUCUAAUCUUUAUCAUCUAUGUGUUAAUGAAAUGUUCUUUUACAUAUAAAGCUAAAUAGUUUGUAUACAUACAUCGAAGAUGUUAUUCUGUCAUACUGUAAUUCAUAUUGGUGGGUAUCAAUUCAGCUUUUCUUUAUUCGUUAAAUCAGUUAAUAAAGGUAGAUUGUGUUUGACUGACAGGUAAGUUUCUAAUAGUCUGCAUGUUACGCACAGUAAGUGAAUCGUUGUAUAUACAACUGCAUCAUCAUGAGCGGUAGAUUACAAAAUUAUGCAUAAUAUUUAAACCGAUGUGUUUUAAUUUUUUAAAAUUCAAUGAAAUUUAUAAACUACAUCAAAAGCUAAACAGUUUGAUAUGAUCGACAGAUCUGCUUCUUACCGACUUAAACUAAAUGAAUUAUCAGUAGCAAUAUUAUGCAUCAUAAUGUUGAACAAUCCAAUGUAGAAUUAGGCGAGUGCCAGACAUUUUCUUGCUAGUUGUUACAUCCAGAAGAAUCAAGAAGCUUCGACAUUUAUUCUUGUUUUAUUCCAAAAUAUUUUGAUAUGGAUUCAUUCAUUUAUAAUUAUUAAUGGAAGCAAACUCAAGCUCUCAACACUUUGACAGCAUCUAGCUAAUUUUCUUGUAGUCAAUUAGUUAGGAUUCAAUGUGUUAUAUUUUCAAAGUAUAUUUAUGAUUCACACUUAUAGUAUGAGACAUUACCAGUUUCAUUUAUAGGCUUCCUUCAGUAAGUUAGCUUAGUUUAUACCCUCACACGUCAUUUCUUCCAAUUCAGCAAUUUUGAUAAAAAUUCAUUCCAGCACCUUAAUGAAGAUUGCUUUUAAAUUAGCUAUAUUUAUACCAGACACACAAUAUUAUCGAUUCUAAGAGUUCGUUACUAAUGAUAUCAACAAGUUCCACUGUAAGGUGCAACAGUAUAUCCUAUCUUCUAACUAAUGAAUUCCAACCAUUUAUAAUCAGACAUUAACACCAUUAAAUUCCGACUCAAUGGUCUAGAGUUUAAGUGUUCUCUCGUGAGACCGAAGGUCGUGGGUUUGGCUCUUUGUACUGUCGUGGGUGCUCACCGCCUUUGAUGAUUCCUAUGCUGGGACGUAACAACUUUCUUGUCUGUGCCUCCAGGUUUUCACUAGUUGUAUAGCUAUUGAUCGAGGUAGGAAUACGUAAAAUUAUUUAUUUCUAACCACAUUAGUGUAGUUGAAUUGUAUCAUCGUUUUUCACUUUCAAGCGGUCAGUCACAUGAUUAUACUGAAGUAUAGUUUAAAAUGGAAGCCUCAACCUCAUACAUUUAGUGGUAAAAAACACUUUAUCAUUAAAUACACAUGUUUAUGCGCGUUUUGAAGUAAUAAGAACACACAUGUUCGUAUGCAUUCACUCUUUGUUUGUAUACUUUUUAAUUGAGCUUCCAUAUUGUUGAGUCAUUAAAUUGUUUCUGACUAGAUGCUGUUUAUUUUAUGUAGUCUGACAACUAAUUUAAACAAAUUCACUAGUGUGUUUCACUUAAAGGGGUGUACAAACAUUUUUUCUAAAUAUUAGUAUGCAUGUCGUAUUCAACCUUUGAUUGGACUGUGUCUAGUUUUAAGAAAUGUGUUUUAUUUUGAGGGAAUGUGCAGAGUAGCAUCUGACUCUGAAAGAGUGAAGAGCAAGAGCAAAAGUAAGACGACGAUUGAUAGGCACAUACAGUGUUUAGUUUGUGUUUAAUAAUAUAAGCAAUUGGUAACUAUCGAUAAUGACAUAAGCGUGAAAUCAAGACGAUCUGACAAUUGACACUAAAAUCUCAUAAAAAGCUAAGUUCCGAACGUGUUACAAGUUCGAUGUAUGUAAUAAAACACUUUACGCUGAUUUCACUACUUAUUUUGGUUUUUAUUUAAUAAAGUGCUUAGUCAUAAAUUUUUCAAUAAAACUUGAAGGUUCUUUGGUUGUAUCCUGAAUGGCUGUUAGUCAAUAAUUUUGUGAAGUUUCUCACUUAGAACGCACUUGUUGUUAAGUACACUCUGGAUUCCAGUAAUUCUAAAGCUGAUAUUAAUUCGCCGUAAAAAUCCACAUACGUACUGCCAAAAUGCUACUAUAUAUAUCGUUUUACAAAUUUGUCCAGCUUACAUGAUCUUUUCUCUCUCCAUCAUAUAUGUCCGUGCCUGCACACAUAAAGUAGUUAAAAUAAAUUUGAGCAUCUGUGAUAUAUACAUGUAAUUAGGUGUUGUUUGAAUGAUAUAUUUCAUUUAUAUCACUAAUAAUAUUAAAAUAAUGAUUAUGACGAUACUUUUAUCUGUGCAUGAAAUCAUAGGUUUACCUUGAACGUUUCACUGUUACGUAAGAUUGUUUAAUUAUAGAGUAGUAAAGAUAGUCAAUACUUAAACACUAGAAUCUGUAAUUCAAGUUGUAUUCAUAUCAUACUAUUUAUUGAUCAUUUUAAAGUAAAACACAAAUAAUUUGAUAGUUGCAAUCACUGCGUGAAGUUACUUUUCUACCUAGUAGACAUUAACUAAAAAACCAUUAAUAACCAAGAAAUCGUUUAGAUAAUUAUUUCAUCAAACACACACCUGUAACCUUACACUUGAUCAAACUCAAACCUUGCAUAUCUUGUGGGUGAAUAUGUUGCUCAUAGAUCACUGAUCGAGUCAAGAUUAAUCUGUUCAUGCGAAAAUCUAUUUUUGUUCUCAAAUAACUGUUUCAACGAUAAAUUAUAAUCACCAUCUAACUGAUCAUAAUGACAUUAUAGUUUUUCAUCUCAAAAAAUGUGCAAAAUACUAAGUACACUCAUUAUUCAAUCUUAUAAUAAAACAAUAAUGCUUUAUAGAUCUUAUAGCUAUUAUUGUAAAUAACAUUACAAAGCUUAAAGCUGUGGUCUGAUUGAAAACAUUUAAAUAUGUGCGUACACAAAUACAUGUGAUGACACAGUGGGACAUAACACGAAAGACGUUUUUUGUACUUUGAUUCCACUGUUAGCCUUAAGUGGAUAAAUGGUAAAGUUGUUUCUACGUUAUACCCAUAGUGUUUUAGUUGUUUACCAGCUCUUGUUGAUUUUCAUUCGCUAAGAAAUGCAUAUUUAUCCUAUGAAAAGCAAUUUUUAACGACGUGACUUUCAUAUAAUGACAGUUUUCAUAAUUUAUUUCCGUAUACUGUAGAUCAUUAGUUUGCUGGAUAUGGUAUUUGGUUUUCAAGCAGUAGGUUUUAUUUGCGAAUUCCGCGCUGUCUGUUUUAUUUUGGGCAGCCAGUUAGUAUCACUAACCUUCAUACAAAUAGUUAAUUAAUUAACUAGUUAGCUAGUGAGUUAGUUGAAGGUCACUUUUCAUUCCAAUUCAUGUUUCGGUACGAUGGUACAUAAUUCGGUCGAUAACAUAUCAUUCGGUUGAUAAUUAAGAUAAUGAGUGCGGAUAAUUUUAGGAUAAAGUGAACUGAACAUUCGAAUUGUUGUCUUUUUUCGACCUUCAUUUACUGCCUAUGUUCACUAUUAUUUUAAGUAAUUUGAUUUAGUUAUUUUCACAUAUUACAAUAGUUUAUGGAGAUAGGUUUCUGUACAUUUAUCUAAAGCUUAAUGACUCAGCCAUUACAAACAAUAUUCAGAAGAAAAUUAGUAUUUCUCGUUGAGGGAUAUCGAUGUUACCAUUCACGCUAAUGCUUUAUGAUUUCUCUAGAUCUCUUGUUGGAUCAUAACAUAAGAUAAAUCAACAGAUGAGUACAUCCAAGAUGGAAGUAGAUAGUUGUACUUUUCUAUAAAUUGACUAUUUGGUUCCUUUUUCAGUUUGCUUUUGUCAGUAAAGAAAGAAUUGCUGUAAUAUGUUAGCAUUUUGAGAGAUUAAAGUAGAGCUGCAGUUCAAGAGAUCUAUUUUUCUAGUGUUCUUAUGUUGGCCGAAACAAAUUUAAUCAUGUUAGUGAUCAAGUCAAAAGCAUUGAAAGUUCCAGCCAUCACUUCGUAAUUGAUGCUAUUCUAUUUGAAAUUCAGUAGAUUUUCAUCUUUUUAAACAGCCAAUAAUUUUAUUUCUUGACAUCAACUAACUAAUAUUCAAUCUACGCGUUAAUUCGUUUAACAUAAUAUUUAGAAAUUGAUUGCUUUAAAAAUAAUCCCUUUUUUUCAAUGGAACAACGAUUACCCAUUCACAUUUUUCUCACUUGAUUAAUCCUACUCUACAUAUUGUAUUGUAUGUUUGAAUCUUCUCAUUGAUAUUUAGGACUGCAAUUGAUCAGUGCCUUAUUGGCAUCUGUGCAUUCUGUGCGAAUUGCCUCUCUACAUAAGUUAAAAUAUUUUCCGUGAUAAUGUUUCUCACAAAAAGUUGUAUUAUUCCUAUUUCCCUUCCUUUUUCUAUCGCAGUAAAUUCUCAUUCCAUACAUUCCAUACUUUCUCUGUUUUGUUUAUAACUACUUCUAAGUAUAUUUUACUUUUGUUUUGUUUGUAGUGUUUGCCUUAAAAGUUAUUCUCGUAUGGAUAGCUGAAAGUUGCUGUAGUUGUCUUCUUCCUUUAUGUUUUCUUUUUUUCUCAGCUCAGAUAUGUGACUCAUUAUUGCGUGAUAAAAUAGAAUUCAAAAUUGUUGAUAGAUUGAGAGAAAGAGAAGAAGAGGGAUAAAACCUAACUGAAUCAAUGUUUGUGAUGACUAAAUGAAAAAAUUAAAACACACUGCUAUAACAGCAGCAUUGUAGUAAAGGAGAACACACAAGUGGGGACAACCGAAUGUAUUUGAAUGCAAAAUUACAGAACGUCUUAGUAAAAUCUGUGAACCAUACAGCAAAUACUUCAUUUGCAAAAAGUCAAUCAAUUGUCUCAGACUUGAUCGUUUCUUCGUUCCCGUAAUAAUAAUAAUAAUUCUCGUUCUCUUCUCUUUCAUCAUCUUAAUAUUCUGCCGCCAGGCAUUUCACUUUCAAUUGGUGAUACAUACUACUUAUAUCUGUCGACAUCAGUAGCACACACUAUAGUAUCAUUAUUUUGUACAGGGCAGUAAUCAUUUCUUUCCACACUGUUUAUAUAUAUAUAUAUAUAUAUAUAUAUAUAUAUAUAUAUAUAUAUAUAUAUAUAUAUAUGACCGUACAUGUUUCUGUUCAUUAGUAUAUAUAUCUUGUAAGAGUCUCUAAUAACCCAAAAACUCCUAGGAGCGUUUCAUUCAAUCAGCUAUCAGAGAGACAUCUAAAAAAAUGAAAGAUUGCAUGUCAUAUUUUGGGUAGAUAAUUACCUACAUCGUUAUUAUGUUUCAUAUGUUUCCGUAAGAAUAAAACCAUUUUAAACUCUGAAUGCACUCGAUUUUCCACGUAUAAUUAACUUCACAUUUCUUGCCUUUUCUGUACUUUUAUCUGGAAUGUAGAUGUAACCAGUGGUUAUAAGUAGUGGCUAGGAAGCCACCAAUAAUCGUUCCAUUAACAGAUGUAUCAUUUUUUAAUAUGACUUUUAUAGAUUGUCACGUCCAUCAUUCAGUUCAUCCUCUGUAUACUACUAUUGUAUAGUUAUUUCAACUUGUUAAUCUAAGAAAAAGCUAGCUGUACAUAGCAUUAUUGACAGUACACUAAAGUUACUUACGUUUAAAAAAAAGACUGUACCUUUUUUAAAAUUUCAAUCGAAGUUCACUUGUAUGGGUGGUCCGCUAAUGUCGUUGUUUUCUUUAAAGUUUUAUUUUGGUGGCAUUUUAGUCAGUGAACUAUUUUUUGUUUGAAGACAGGGUGUGCGUGUGUGAUGGUGAAAGUAAGUAGAAGACAUAGUAUAUAGAUGUUUAUUGUUUAGUCUGGUUAUUAUCAUCUAAGCUAUGUUUGUACGGAUAUAUGAUUAUUAUAUCGUGAUCACUUGUCGCCGUUCUUAUUUUUAUCAAUAAUAACCUGGUUUUGUGCUUAGAGAAAUCUACUAGUAUUUUAAAUUAAGCUAAUCUAACUGAUCAAUACAUAUACUCUGUUUUAGUCAUUCAUAAAGUAUCGCUAACCUAUACACAAUAAGGUGUAUCUCAGCGACAACCAUUCAGUCAUAAAAUCAGAUUACUGUCUAUAAAUGAUCAUUUCAUUGGUCACCUCCUCCAGUUAAUGACAAUCUGUGUUGAAAAUCAACUGGAGCUUAAAGUUAUCACUACAAACUUUACAUCUAAGUUUUUCUUUUGUAAUGAAGUUCUUUGGUCACUGUUAAGCACUACACUAAUCAACGAUUGAUUGGUGUAAAUAUGUCGGUUCAACAACAGGUUAUUUGUUGUAGCCUUAAUAACUUAGUAACUAUACUGCUGACUGUGGCACACUGUCUGAUUACAGUUAGGAUCGUUAGUAAACGAAACUAACCCUUGGCCCCCAUAAGAUGGCAAAUACACAUAUUCUUGUUAAUCACCACAAACAUAAAACCCUGGCGCAUAAUAAAUAGUCUCUAAUAAUGUCAUAUUAAACGAAUUGCUUUUAAGCAUAAUCAUAAGAUUAAACUAAUUGCAUGAAUUUGAUGUGGAAUCUUCUCACAGAGUGACUUUUUUUUCAAAAUUAUAACUUAGUAUUAAAAUAGUUAUUUGAGAUAACUUCAUCUUUUUUGACCUUUACAACUUGCUUGUUUGCCUUGUCUACUUCACAAUUUGAAAAUUAUAGUUCCAUUGGUAGUUGAUGGAUCAAUUUGAAAAAUAUUCCAUCAUUUUCACUACUAUUUAUUUCUUAUUUCUAUUUAGAAAUAUUCUUCUAAGUGAAUUUUAUAAAGAAAAUAUUCCUGACCUUCAUGAAAAAUUUAUUUUUACUGUAAAAAGAACAUUUCAAUUAUUAUUAUGUGGAUGGUAGCUGGUAAUGGGAUCCAUAAUGUAAGUUUCGUUCUACUUGGAAGUCAUAAGUUAAACAUACCUGCAUCGCAGAACUGAUGCUCACAACCGGACUCGAACUCACUGACUCCCCUUUUGUACUUUCAACAGGUUAUUCACUAAGCUACUGAAUCCAAACAGCCACUCAGUUGUCUGGUGGAUAUGAUAUCUGUGAUACUGGGUGAACUUCAACACUGGGAUACACAUACAUCCAGCUGAUGAGUCCCAAACAAGAUGAAGUAUGCCUCUUAGAUUCCAUUUCUAGCUCCAAUGCAUCUAUUGAUUAAGAGUAUUCUUGUCAUGUUUUUAAAGUUUACUUUGCGCUUCAGUGACAUAUUUUAAUGCUGUAAUAAAUUAUUUAUUUGUGUUUUGAUAGAUACCGUACAUCCUUCAUCAGCCAGUCAAGGUCAUUGUAAACGACCUAGAAUGCUAUGGGCUGGUUAUUUUUGUGUACCGGACUUAUCAUCUAUUCCAAAUAAUUUCUCUACACUUGGAAAAUCUGAAACAAUAAUGAAUUCUAAUAUUUUUAUCACUGCUGGACCAGAUGCUACUCCAGACUUGGAUUCAAUUAUACCCAAUGCAGAAGAGAUAUUCCGUAAAAUAAUUUCUAUUCUAGGCUUGCCAAACAAUUCACAAAAUUUAGCAUCAACAACAACUGGAACAAACAAUGAUGACAGUACAUCUCAGACUAGUAGAUCAUCUAUGUAUACUACAAUUGAUGCGGUUUGGGAUGGUCAAUUUCCACCUAAAGCACCUCGACCAGAAGUUAUUAUUGUGGUAGAUGAAUCAGUGAAUCCACCACCAGUAGUGACAAUAGAAGUUCCUCAAGAAGAUCAGAAUUCUAAUUUAAUACGCUUUGGUGCUACAAUUUUAGCUACACGAUCAUACUAUUCCAUAGCUAAUAUCCACUUGCAUAAACCUUCAGCAGCUGAACUGGCACGAGCUACUUUGGUCGGGUCGAAUUCACUUUGAAAUACAAUUUAAUUCGGUAUAAAAAACUUUCAUUUAAAUUGGUUUUCAAAAUGUAUUCACGAUAAAAAAAAAGUAACUUUUGUUUGAUAAAAGAAAUACAACAACAAGAAACAAGAUAAAUAUGUGACAGUGAGAAUAAGAUUUAUUUAUUGAUUUCUAUAAGAACGGAUGUUUACGAAAAAGAUUUUUGUUUCAAAAAAGAAACUUAUUCUUAUCAGUUUCAUUGCUUAUCUUAAAUUGUGAUCUAUUUCUUUUUAACACUGAUAAUAAAUUGUCUUCGGACAUUUCAGACUAUUGCAUAAAUGUGAUUAUUUACUUAAGGGUGAAGUACAUAUUUGUCGAACCCCCCUCUCUCUCUCAUAUAUAUAUAUAUAUAUGGAAUUUUAUUUUAAGGAGAAUUGUACUUUCUAAAUAUAUUUUUUUACAGUUGAUUGACCAUUGAGUAGUGAUUAAUUUCAGGUAUCUUAAGUUCUUUUUAGUGAUGAUCAGUCAAGCUACAAUGUGGCCACUAGUCUAAGUGAUUCAACAUUACGUGCACUAUGUCGAGAUGUGGAGCGGUGGUUUGAUUUAGUUGACAGGAUAUCCUGAAGCGAGAUUUUGUACUAAUUGGCAUUUGUCAGCAAGGUGUAUCUAUGAUCUUGAGAUGACUGGCACUUCCAUGUAUAUUUGAUUCUGUGUCAUUCAGCUUCAUGAUCUGAGACGUUACCACUUAGUUAUCCAAGGAAGCACAUAUCUUCUGUAAAAGUCAGAUAUUUACAAUUCUGUUGAUUAUAUCCAACCACCUAACAUCUCAACAUAUUCAAUAUAGCGUCGAGUCAUUUAACUAACGGAACUCGAUUAAUGCUGAAGGACUAAAUAAACAUGAAAUUGGUCACUAUUCAGUUGUCAGUCAGUCGGAAACCUCAUUUUUGAUUACUUACAGUCGUAAAUCAUCUAGCUUUGUUGAUUUCUCUCGAAACUAUUAAACCUGAAUAUCAUCCAUUCAGUAUAGACUUUUCCUUUCAAGUUUUGACCACUUAUCUACAUUUCGACCAAGGAAUGUUUCAGGUCCUCUCAAAUGAGAGACAUCCUUAUUGCGUUUAAUUACUGAUACUCACCACUUAAUAAUAUUAUAUAUUAAGAUAGCAUUUUAAAACAAUUUUAUGACUUCACCUUAAUGAUUGACGACAGUCGAAAAGUCAUCGAUAUAUAUAUACAUUGGUAAAAAGAAACAAUAUUUAUAGAGUAUAAUCACUUAGUUUAAAAUGUUUCAUUGUAUAACAAGUAGCUACUUAUUUUUUAUUGACUAAGUAAUCUGGUGAAAAUAUUUUUCUACAUAUAUUUAAUUAGGCCAACAACCAUUUUAAGUAUUUUACUUAAUUAGUGAAUUGAAC